AUGCCUCUCCCAUCGCACGGACCGUCUCCCUCCUCCCCACCGCGUCCCACACGCCGGCACGUCUCGACACUGGACGCCGAGUUCCAGACGGCUCCUCUCCCGCGGGCGCCCGCGCGCAGAAAUGCGUCUCCAGCACGCCGCAUCGCCCCGCCCCGCCCCGCCCCAGCGUCCACACAGCGCAUGCCCCGGACCAGAUCGACGGUCUGCACUGACGCCGACGCCGUGCGAUGA